UGUAAGAGCAUAGUACACACACCGAAUAUGAGAAUAUCCUGCCCUACUAUUUCCUCAAUUAGAAAACCCAGUAGAGUAUGACAAUGUCCAAAAGCAUCUUCAGAAUACAGUGAUCCUCCCUACCUCAGAAAACGCCUCUCAAUCUCCUUGGUCUCCUUGAUUCAAGAAAAGCAAUCUGCCUGCGGACAGAUGGUCAAACUGUUGUUCAUUUCAGGGUGUGUUGACAUUCAGUGAUGUGGCUGUGGACUUCACACAGGAGGAGACAGAGAGCCUAGAUCCUGCUCAGAGGGCUUUGUGAAGAGAGCUGACUGUGGGGAAUUACAGCUUUCUCAUUUUUGUUGGUGAAGUGGAUUUUCAGUGAACUGAAAGGAAAUUUCUCAAAAGAGCAGGAGAGAGAUGGCUUCUUUUCAGGAUCCUUUGACUUUCACGGAUGUGUCCUUUGACUUCUCCCAGGAGGAGUGGGAAUGCCUAGACUCUGCUCAGAGGGCUUUGUACAGGGAGGUGAUGUUGGAGAACUACAGCAAUCUGCUGUCCAUAGGUCUUGCUGUGUGUAAGCCUGUUCUGGUCUCCUGUCUGGAGCAAAGCAAAGAGCCCUGGAAUGUGAAGAGAGGGGAGACUACAGCCAACCAGAAUUCAACUCUUAUGAGACAGCAGAGAGCUUAUAAUGUAGAGACACCCUACAAAUGUGAACAGUGUGGUGAGUUUUUUAUUCUAAUGUCAAGACUUAGAAGACAACAGGAAAUGCAUACUGGAGACAAGCCCUACAAUUGUGAAGAAUGUGAUGAGCGCUUUAUCAAGGCAUCAAAUCUUAGAAGUCAUAAAAGUAUUCAUAUUGUGGAGAAACCCUACAAAUGUGAAGAAUGUGACAAGUGCUUUACCAAGGCCUCAUAUCUUAGAAGUCAUAAAAGUGUUCAUACUGGAGAGAAACCCUACAAAAGAGAAGAAUGUGACAGGUCCUUUCCUGUGAGCUCAACAUUGAAGAAUCAUUACAGAAUUCAUACUGGAGAAAAACCCUACAGAUGUGAAGAAUGUGGCAAGUCCUUUACUCAGGCCUCACAUCUUGGAAGUCAUAAAAGUAUUCAUACUGGAGAGAAACCCUACAAAUGUGAAGAAUGUGACAAGUCCUUUACUGAGAGCUCAAAACUUAGGACACAUUACAGAAUUCAUACUGGAGAAAAACCAUACAAAUGUGAAAAAUGUGACAUGUGCUUUACUCGAAUGUCAAGCCUUAGAAAACAUCAGGCAAUACAUGUUGCAGAGAAAUCCUACAAAUGUGAAGAAUGUGACAAGUGCUUUCCCAAUGCCUCAAAUCUUAGAAGCCAUAAAAAUAUUCAUACUGGGGAGAAACCGUAUAAAUGUGAAGAAUGUGACAAGUGCUUUGCCAAUGCUUCAAAUCUUAGAAGUCAUAAACAUAUUCAUACUGGGGAGAAACGGUACAAAUGUAAAGAGUGUGACAGGUCUUUUACUGCACACUCAACACUUAAGAGUCAUUACAGAAUUCAUACUGGAGAAAAACCCUACAGAUGUGAAGAAUGUGACAAGUCCUUUAUCCAGGCUACACAUCUUAGGAGUCAUAAAAGUAUCCAUACUGGAGAGAAACCCUACAAAUGUAAAGAAUGUGACAAGUCCUUCACUGAGAGCUCAAAACUUAGGAUACAUUACAGAAUUCAUACUGGAGAAAGACCCUAUAAAUGUGAAGAAUGUGAGAGGUCCUUUCCUCGAAUAUCAUGUCUUAGAAGACAUCAGGCAGUGCAUUCUGGAGAGAAACCCUACAGAUGUGAAGAGUGUAACAAGUGCUUUACUCGAAUGUCAAGUCUCAGACAACAUCAGGCAAUGCAUUCUGGAGAGAAACCCUAUAGAUGUGAAGAAUGUGACAAGUGCUUUUCCAAGGCCUCAUAUCUUAGAAGUCAUAAAAGUGUUCAUACUGGAGAGAAACCCUACAGAUGUGAAGAAUGUGGCAAGUCCUUUACUGCACGCUCAACACUAAAGAGUCAUUACAGAAUUCAUACUGGAGAAAAACCCUACAAGUGUGAAGCAUGUGACAAAUCCUUUUGUUUUCUGUCAAAUUUAAGGUUUCAUCAGAAAAUUCAUACUGGAGAGAAACCCUACAAAUGAAAAGGUGUGAGAGUCCUUUACUCAUAUUUCAAUACUUAGAGAAUAUCAAAGAAUGCAUAAUAAAGGGAGACACUACAAAGUAAGUGAUUUGGCAAUCCCUUUAACCAUAUAUCAAAUGGUAAAUUUACCAACAAUUCAUACUGCUAAGACAGUUUACAAUUGCACAGAAUUUGGAAAUCCUUUACUCUGGGCUCAACCCUUAGAAAACAAAACAGAAUCCAUUAAAAAGGGAUAUAUUUCAAAGUAAGGAAAAUGUUGAAAUAUUUAUAUUUAUGUAUUACAAAACUUCACAGUAUACUGAAGAAAAAUUUAGAAUUAAAUGCAAAAUGGCAAAGUGUGUGUAUUAGUCACUUUUCUGUUGCUGUGAUAGAAACACUGACCCAAGUAAUUUAUAGAAGGAAGAGUUUAUUUGAGCUUAUGAUUCCCAGGGAAUUACAGUCCAUCAUGGCAGGGAGGCAUGGUGGCUGGAGGUGGCUGGAGCGGGAGCAGCAGAAGCCAAGUUCUCACAUUAUCAUGCAGGUACAAGAAGCAAAGAGAGCAACUGGAGAUCUAGCAAGGCUUAAGAACUCUCUAAGCCCACCCCCAGUGGCAUGCUUCCUCUAGGAUAGCCACACCAUCUAAGACCUCCCAAAA